AUGCAUUUGCGCGACAACGAAGAACCUAUGCAUUGGGGUGAAAGACCUGAUGCGGUCGCAAAGAUUCAAACGAAUGGCAUCCCGAAGAGCUCGAACGGGCACAGUAUGUACGUCAAUGGUAGUGCAGCGGAUACGAACGUAGUGUCUAUACCAAUUCCCGCAGAUCAAGAGGUGGAUAUGGUGAUUGAGACCGUCCUUGCCGCGUGGAUCCUGCUCUUGCAACGUUAUCGGCGUGAUUCAUUUCAGCAGUGCAUGUUUGGAACCGGGCAAGGAGGAGACGAACGCAUUCAAUGCGUAUCAGCUGGUCAAGUAGAUUUGUUGGACCUCACGACGGUUGGAGACCUUCUUGCCAAGGUGCAGAAUAUCCGGUCGAGGGAAAUAGCCCUAAGUCAGGGCGGGACUGUCUCCCUUCGAGAUGGAACAAAAGAAGAUUGGACAUUCGAGAUCUCAAUAGAGUUCUCCAAGCAAAAAUUGCGCGCGACGCCCCAAUGGCGGCCUCCGACCAUGUCGCGACACCAGGCUAUGUGCCAGUUGCGUUCCUUCACGUCCAUUGUCGAUACCCUUUUGCGCGAACAUCAUUGUCCGAUUGUAAGCGUACUGAGUAUAUCCGAAGACGAGUUGGAGGAGAUUUGGAGCCGUAACACACCAUUGCCUCCCAAUCUGGAGACCUGCAUGCAUCGGAUAAUCUCCGAGAAAGCACAGCUCCAACCGGAAAAGAACGCAAUUGAAGCUUGGGAUGGAGACUUGACAUAUGCCCAGGUGGAUCGGUAUUCGGCUCAGCUCGCUCAGAAUUUGAGACUGCUGGACGAUGCACCAAAUCAGAUUAUCCCAGUGCUAUUCGAGAAGUCGAAAUGGACGGCCGUGGCAGUACUUGCGGUCAUGAAGUCCGGAGCAUGCUUCGCGCUUCUUGACCCUGCCCAACCGGAAGGGCGACUACGAACCAUCAUUCAGCAGAUCAACGCGACGAUCGUGGUCGCAUCGAAAACGCAAGCCGCCGUCGCUGCACGUGUUGCACCGGGAGCAUCAAUCGUCCCAGUUUCUGAAUCUAAGUUCUCGAAGAUUUACCACCCCUUCGCUGAACAACAGCCAAAUACGUCUCUUCCACCCGUUUCGCCAUCCGCACCGCUAUAUAUCCAGUUCACGUCGGGGAGUACCGGGCAUCCUAAGGGUUGCGUAAUCACGCAUAGCCAAUUCACUUCUGGAGCGAUACCCAGAGCAUACACGGUGGGCUACCGCUCGCAUUCGCGGGUUCUCGACUUCGCAAGCUACGCGUUCGAUGUCAGCAUAGAUUCGAUGCUAUGCACACUGGCGCACGGCGCUACGCUGUGUACGCCAUCCGAAGAGAGCCGUAUGAAUGACCUCAGCGGAGUGAUGCGAAAGAUGCGCAUCACACUUGCAGGCAUGACGCCCUCUGUAGCUCGGACGCUCGACCCGGAUAUCCUUCCAUCGCUGGAUUCUCUCGCGGUAGGUGGUGAGGGAGUCUCCUCGAGCGAUGCGGCGGCAUGGCGACAGAAGACCAAGGUGAUCAAUUGUUAUGGCCCGUCCGAAUGUACCGUAGGAGCAACCAUCAAUGGCGACGUGGGCUCUUUGCCAUACAUCACCAUGGGCAAAGGUCACGGAUGCGUGAUGUGGCUCACGGAUCCUGCGGACCACAGCAAGCUUGUGCCUCCCGGGGCGGUAGGCGAGCUUCUGAUCGAAGGCCCGAUCGUGGGGAAUGGGUACCUCAACAAUCUCGCCAAGACGAGAGAAGUCUUCAUCGAAGAUCCUGACUUCCUCCUAGCAGGAAGUAAGAGCAUUCCAGGACGAAGAGGUCGCCUCUACAAGACCGGAGACCUCGUUCGUUAUGACCCGGAUGGCAAGGGCGAAGUCAUCUUCGUGGGACGCCGGGACCAGCAAGUCAAGCUGCGUGGCCAACGCAUCGAGCUCGCAGAAAUCGAAUACAACAUGCAGAAGCACCUUCCCUCAGACUGCCAGCUCGCGGCCGAAGUCAUCAAGCCCGGCGGUACUGGUGAGCCCACGCUGGUCGCAUUCCUUGUCGAGCAGAAGAACAGCGGAAUGAAACACCUCGAUGGUGAUAUCUUUGCGUCUUUUUCCACCAAGUUCCUGACGGCGCUUCAGGAGAUGAUGAAGAAGCUUCAUGAGGAUCUGCCCGGGUACAUGGUGCCGUCUGCGUAUAUUCCGCUGUGGAAGAUGCCACUGCUCGUCAGCUGCAAGACAGACAGGAAGAGGCUGAGGGAGAUUGGUACGUCGAUUACCAGGCAGGAUCUCAGGCGCUUCAGCACUGCAGUUUCGGAAAAGAGCGCCCCUGCGACGGAGAUGGAGCAGCGCCUCGGCAAGCUAUGGGCAAAGAUACUAGGCGGUGAUGCGGACUUCGGCGCGAACGACAACUUCUUCAGCAUGGGUGGGGAUUCACUGAGAGCGAUGAAGUUGGUCCCUGCUGCACGGGAGGAAGGUAUUGCGCUCACGGUCCCGGAUAUUAUGCUCAGCCCUACGCUCUCGGCUAUGGCUUCUAGGGCGAAAUGGCUUUCCGGAAACGAGACGACCGAUGUUCCGCCAUUCUCACUAAUACCCGAGGGUUGGACGGCAGAGAAGGCCCGGGCGGAGACUGCGCGCCUUUGUGGAGUGGAUGCUUCUGGCGUUGAGGAUGUGUACCCAUGCACGCCGCUUCAGGAAGGUCUCAUGGCGCUCUCCGCCAAGUUCGCCGAUGCCUACGUCGCUCAGCGCGUUGCCGAACUUCCACUCGACGCAGCUGAAAGACUCAUGAAGGCCUUCGACAAGGUGGCGCAUGACUCGGCUAUCCUCCGCACUAGAAUCGUGAACGUCUCUGGUCGUGGUCUGUUCCAGGCUGUCUUGGAAAAUGGGCAGCUGGUCCGCGAGCACGGAUCCGACAUCGCAGAGUAUCUCAAGCGCGACCGCGAAGAGCCUAUGGAGCUUGGGAAAGCACUCUUCCGCUACGGGGUAGUGCACAGGCCGGGCAGCGACAAGGCGCGCAUUGUCAUCACCAUGCAUCAUGCUGUCUACGAUGGAUGGUCGAUGCCGCUCGUAUUAGAGCGCGUCAAUCGUGCCUACAAUGGCCUGGAUACAACGCGACCGGUAUCGUUCAAGCACUUCAUCAAGUACCUCACGACGCUCGACCCAGUCGUCUCUCAAGACUACUGGCGCGAGCAACUGGAAGGCUCCAGUCCUCACCAGUUCCCGCCUCUGCCGCACAAAGGAUACAUUACGCAAGCGGACUCUCUUCUCGAACAUUAUGUGUCUGUACCAACAUCGGCGCACUCUAAGCUCACGCUCGCCACCAUCAUCCGCGGUGGUUGGGCGCUCGUGUCCUCGCUCUACGUAGGCCAUUCAGAUAUCGUGUUUGGUGAGACGCUGACUGGCCGUUCUGCAUCCGUGCCUGGAAUCGAGCAGAUCGAAGGACCGAUGAUCACAACCGUGCCUAUCCGCGUCAAGCUUACCCUUGGCCGGCCUAUCUCAGAGUAUCUGCACUCGGUCCACGCGCAGACAGUCCAACAGAUCCCCCACGAGCAUCUCGGUCUUCAGAACAUCCGCCGCUUGAGUCGCGACGCGCGGGAAGCCUGCGAUCUGCGCACAGGCCUUGUCCUCCACCCCAGAGAAGACACCCAGUGGUGUGCGAGCGAAAGUCUCGAAUCGCCAGCCAACGGCUUCCUUCCUACCGACGAUGAGGAGGCCGCACGCGAAGCACUCAAGUUCAACACCUACGCUCUCAUGCUAGUGUGCACGCUCGAUGAGAACGGCUUCCUCAUCAUGGCGAGCUUCGAUUCGAAUUGCAUUACUACGUCUGCUAUGCAGAAGGUGCUCGUUGUGCUUGACCGCAUCGUCACUGCUUUCUUGGGCAACCCGGAGAGCAAGCUGGGCGACGUAGCCGUGCUAGAUCCGGAGGAAAUGGAAGAUGCUCUGGGUUUGAGGCCGAAGGAUGGGAUGGUGGAUAGUAUGGAGCCUCUACAGUCGAAUGGCUAUGCGAAUGGUCAUGUUGAUGAGCAAGUUGUGGUCAAGCCACAAGCAAACACGGUGAAUGAGCUGAAGCUGAGAGAGAUUCUGAGCCGGAUACUUGGAAUGCCGGCGUACGACAUCAGUCCCUGCGACAGCUUCUUUGAGCUGGGUGGGGAUUCCAUCAGCGCAAUGAGGCUCGUAUCUGAGGCUAGAUCACACGGCCUAAACCUCACUGUCGCCCAGAUCUUCCAGAGUCGCUCGUUGUCGGAGCUGGCUGCCGCGACUGGAAAUGCGAAGGAAGAGAAGCUCCUGGAGCUUCUGAGCCGCAUCCUCAACAUUCCGAAGGACGAGGUCAGCGCAAGCGAUAGCUUCUUCGAGCUGGGUGGAGAUUCUAUCAGCGCUAUGCGGCUCGUUUCUGAAGCCCGCGCGCAGGGCUUGAGCUUCACGGUUGCGCAGAUCUUCCAGAGCAAGUCUUUGUCUGAGCUCACUUCACUGGCGGAAGAGAGCGCUUCGUCUGACAUGAGGGUGGAUAUGGACGCACCGUUUGCUGCCAUGGGUGCUGAUGCGCACCUGUUCAGCCCGGACCGUAUCCAGCCGCUGCUGGAGAACGCUGAGUGGGAGAUAGUGGACAUCUAUCCCGCGAGGCCGCUGCAACAGAUUGCCGUGGACGGAACUGUCGAUCUUCCGCGGUAUUCAUUGCGCUACGAACUGAUUAAGUUCGGCGCGGGUGUCGACCGGGAGAGACUUGAGCGGACCUGCCAGGAGCUCGUCGCGCGCAACGAGGUUCUCCGCACCAUGUUCGUGCAGAUUGAGGGUCACUGUCUCGGUGUAGUUUUAGGGUCUCUGCAAACUCCCUAUCAAGAAGUAUCAAUCCCCGAUGACGCCGAUUUCGACACCUUCGUCCAGGACUCUAUUAACGAGGACAUCGCAAAGCCCAAACCACAUGGCUCCUCGUUCGUCGCUUUCACUCUCUUCAUCUCCUCGACCGGCGCUUCUACCCUCGCCUUCCGCAUCUCUCAUGCUCAAUACGACGAAAUCUGUCUCCCAAUUGCCUUCGUUCAGCUCUCAGCGUUGUAUGCUGGCACAGAUGUUCCGGAGACUCAACCCUUCAGCAAACACGUGCACCAUGUCGUCAACCGCAACAUUCCAGAAAGCAUUCCCUAUUGGCAGAACCUCCUCACUGGUUCCCAAAUGACUGUCUUCAAGCCUACCAUUCCACUCGCACAACGCAAGUCCGUGGCUAUGUACCAGGAGUUCGACAUCUCAAACAAGCCCAAAGACAUCACUAUCGGCUCCCUGCCCACUGCGGCCUGGGCGCUCGUUCUCGCGCGGCGCCUUGGCCUCCGGGACGUCGUCUUCGGCGAAGUAGUAACGGGGCGCAACAUCGGCGCGCCGUCCGCGGACCGCAUAUUCGGUCCAACAUGGCAGUACAUUCCCUUCCGCGUUCCCUUCUCUCCCAGCUGGACAUAUCUCGAUCUCCUGCGCUUUGUGCAGACGCAGCAUAUUCAGAGCUCGGCACACGAGGGUAUGGGCCUGGUUGAAAUUGUUCGGAGCUGCACUGAUUGGAGGGAGGACGAGGUGCAGUGGUUUGACAGCGUGGUGCAUCAAGCGCCGCGGGAGUGGGUGGAGACGCUUUCGUUUGGUGAUGCAGGUGAGGCGCGGUUCGAAACUGUGUAUCCGCAUACGGAGCCGUUGAGGGAGUGGAAGUGUCAGGCUUUUGUGAUGGAGGGAGGGAGCAGGUUGGGGAUUGAGAUUGUGACGUUUGAGGAGUGGAGGGCCGUGGGGGAGGAGGUGCUGGGUGAGGUUGGAGAAGCGCUGGGAUGCUUGAUGGAAGGGAAGGUGGGUGGGAAGAUUUUUGAGAACUGGGAUGGUGGAGAGGCUAUUGGAGUGGAGGUGGAGAAGGGGGCGAGCUGUCUUUGGGGGAUAUUGAGCGGCUGA